UCAAUCUAGAAAAAGGAGUGUGUUUAGCAGUCUCUUAAAAGUUUAUACUUUAUACAAUUUUAUUAUUGCAAGCAAGCAGGCCUCCGAGUCUCCGAGGGAGAGCGAUGAGCGGAGACGGAGGCGGACGAUCCACGCGACGACUAGUCCUUCUCGCCUCGAUUUUUCUUCAAUUUAUCCCAGGUUUAUCUGAUAAUCCAUCAACUCCUGAUGGAGUAAAAGCCGGUGCUAAUUCUAGCAGCAGAACGGGACUGAAGGUGCUGUUCAUUUUGCUUGGGGUGGUCACACUUGUGGUAUUGUCUGUUUUCUUGUUCAAGAAGUGGCAGAAAAAGAAGAGAGAAGAACAACAUGCCCGGCUGUUGAAGCUUUUUGAAGAUGAUAAUGAACUUGAGCUUGAACUUGGUCUUCAUGAUUAAGAAGUUUGCUUCUUCAUCAAAUGAAUGUAAUAUAUAGUAGAGGUCAUAUUGAAUCAUAUAUACAUAUAAUCCGUGUACUGAAGUUUGUAAUAUUACUCUGAUGAGCUUUCAUUUAGUCCUAAUGCCUUUGUCAAAGCUGUCUCUUUUUGACUUUGAAUUAUAUGAAAAGAAUCUUUCGGAUAAAAAAAAAAAAGAA